UUAUCAGCUCAGCUGAACUUUGUGUGUCACAUUUUAUGCCAUUAUUUCGAGGUUACAAGAUGUCUGCAGACAGAAUACAAAGAAUGAGAAGGGAGAAAGGAUUUGCAUGGAUCGGAUCAGCCAAAAGUAACGGGAAAGCAAAACGACGCUGUAAUAAACAUUAUGAAGGAUUCCAUCUUCCAGGAAUUGGUGUAAUCAAAGUGGGGGACCAUGUCCUCAUAGAAGGGGAAUCAGAUGAGAGUUUUGUGGCUCUUAUUGAAGACCUCUUUGAUAAUGGACAAGAGGAUACCGAUGACCCUCGUAGGGCCAAGGUCCAGUGGUAUAUGCGCCCCUCAGAAUUGCCCAAGACAAUUGCCCGACUGCCCUCAGCGCCCCUCUCCAGGGAGAUCUACAAAUACAACCAGUCUAAAGGAGCGUCUACAGAUGUGGAGAUCGAUGCAGAGACCAUUAUUGGAAAAUGUGUGGUUGAGACAGUAGAAGUUGACAGCGAUCCACCAGAUGAGAAGGAAAACCAAGGGAUACCAGUCUUGUAUGCUCGCUAUGGCAUCAAUGUAACCACUGUGACACCUCUUAUUGAACCUGAGAGUGAAGAAGAAGAAGAAGAAGAAGAAGAAGAAGAAGAGGAAGAGGAGGACGAAGAAGAAGAGGAGGAGGACUCAGAAGAAGAAGAGGAGGAAGUGAAGAAAGUGGUCAAGAAGAGCUCUCAAAAAGUGAAUUUGAAGCCAGUGAAUAAAGGUCUUACACCUAGGAGAAAUCAAACCUUCACUGCGGACGAAGUAUGGGAUAUGUUUUCAUCUGAUGACGACAUGUCGCCAUGGAAACAAACAAAGAAGAGCCAUUCCAAGAAGCCUGCAGUAUCAACAAAGAAGGAAUCCUGGAAAGUUGGCAGUGUCAGUCGUUCGGGUGGUAGAAUAAAUCUCAUUGGAAUCAAACCUAAAGUUCUUGAGGGCUUGGAGAUGGAAGAGAAGAUGACUCGUGGAGGACGACUAAUAAAACCAACUCCCAAGAUGAGCGUUGCCAAGGAAACAAAAGCACAAAGCAAGUCAACAUCAAAGAAGCAACUGCCUACCACUCCCAUUCAGAAGUCCAAGGUGGUAAAGACACCAAAGACCGUUGGAGGUCGAGUUGGUCGACCAUCCAAGGUUGAAUCAUUGAGGAAGACCCAGAGCUGUCUGAAGGAGAGCGUGAAGCAGAAAAAUAAUGCAUCCACACCCAGGAGGAGGAAGUUGACAUAUUAUGAAGAGGAGGAGGAUGAAGAUGAGGAGGAGGAUGAGGAGGAGAACUUCAAAACACUAAAGAAGAGGAAAAUGUCAGCUUCAUUAAAAUCUACACCACAAAUUAUCGGCAAGAAGAGAAACUUUUCAAAGAAAGAUGCAACCCCUGGUAUUCAUAGCAGAUCAACCCCCUGUAAGACCCCUUCACAGCCUCUGGAGCAUGCACGAGUCAGGUUGCAUGUCUCAGCAGUACCAGACAGUCUCCCAUGUAGAGAUCAAGAGUUUGCUGACAUCUUCUCUUUCGUCAAGUCAAAACUAUUAGAUGGUACAGGAGGCUGCAUGUAUAUCUCUGGCGUGCCGGGCACAGGCAAGACGGCUACAGUCAUGGAGGUGCUUCAUUGGCUGAAGCAAGAUGCUGAAUCGAAAGAUAUACCCAAGUUCAAAUGUGUGGAGGUCAAUGGAAUGAGACUAACCAACCCUCAUCAGGCAUAUGUUCACAUUAUUAAGAGUCUAACUGGGAAGAAAGCAACCCCAGAGCAUGCAGCUACUCUACUAGAUAAACUUUUCAGUGCAAACAAAGCCACUAAGAUGCCAACAGUACUCAUUGUAGAUGAGCUUGAUCUGCUAUGGACUCGCAAGCAGGGUGUUUUGUACAGUAUCUUUGAUUGGCCAACCAGACCUAACGCUCAGCUGAUUGUUGUUGCCAUAGCAAACACCAUGGAUCUCCCAGAGCGCAUCAUGAUGAACAGGGUGGUCAGCAGAAUGGGACUGACUCGAAUGACCUUCCAGCCUUACACUUACAAACAACUUCAAGAGAUAGUUGAAAGUCGUCUCAAGGGCAUUGAUGCUUUCAAUUCAGAUGCUGUUCAGCUUGCAGCAAGGAAGGUGGCUGCUAUCUCAGGGGACGCAAGACGAGCCCUGGACAUCUGUCGUCGUGCUACCGAGAUCGCCGAGGUUCAUGCCCGUAAGAGCAAGAAGAAGGCAGUAGUCGGCAUGGCUCAGGUUGAUGCAGCCGUUACCGAGAUGUUCUGUUCACCCAAGAUUGUGGCUAUGAGGCAAGCUUCAGAGCAGGAGCAAAUCUUUUUGAGAGCUGUCAUCUCAGAGUUCAGACAGUCUGGUUUAGAGGAAGCUACAUUCGCUGAGGUUCUACAACAACACAUAUCACUGUGCAGGAUAGAAGGCCAGUUGCCCCCUACGGUAUCAGAUGUGUGGGGUGUGUGCAAGAGACUGGCAUCAACCCGACUGCUACUCCUAGAGGCGAGCACCAAUGAACUGGGACAGAGAGUGCGUCUCAACGUCAGUCAGGACGACGUACGCUAUGCCUUGGACUCCCGUACCAAAUGAGGAUUCAGCAUCUGGGACCCGUUUCACAAAGCCUUCUCUCAAUGACAAAUGGCAAAAAUCAGUGACAAACCUGCUGAUAACCAAUCAG